AUGUUUGUGAACUGCUCAGGAGCUCAUGUGAGCUCCAGCCUAAUUUUCCCUCCUGAGACAGAACACUUGGAUCUGUCAAAGAGUAACUUGUAUUCCAUUCCAAGCAAAGGCCUAAGAUCACUGUGGAAGUUAGAGGUUCUCCUCUUGAGCGGCAACUACAUCAGCAAAGUUGAAGAGAAAGCCUUCAUCUCCUUGGGGAGACUUCAUAAGCUUGAUAUUUGUAGAAAUGAGAUCUCAUUUCUUGGCAGAAGUUUUUCAGUGGGGCUCACUUCUCUCCACGAACUCACUUUAGCUUACAACAGGUUACAGGAACUGCAGUACAAAAGCUUCCAGCACUUUGAAAAUCUUCAGAAGCUCAAUCUGCAAAAUAAUAAUAUUUCCUCUAUAGAAAUAGGUGCUUUUCGCAGUCUCACCCACUUGAGGCAACUUUGUCUCCAGAAUAAUCAACUUCAUACCCUUCACAGUGGUGUCUUUUCUAUGCUGCAACACUUAGAGGUUUUGAAUUUGGAAGGCAAUAUGAUCAAAACCAUUGCUCCUGGAGUCUUUAUUGCCUUAAGCAGCCUCACAAUACUUAACCUUGUCCAAAAUGAAAUUGAACAUGUUCGGUUCAAAACAUUAUUGUCUCUCCAGACACCUGGAACUCACAUCUUACUCUCAGACAAUCCUUGGUUCUGCGACUGUGACCUUCAGAGAGUUUUUGCAAAGCUGCACAGUGUCAGGAGGCUGAUAUUGGAUGACUACCAGAAUGUAACAUGCAUGGAACCACAUAUCCUAAGAAGUCUUCCUUUGUCAUCUGUGGACACCCAGUUGUGCAUUGCUGAGACAGUGACAGUUCUUGUCAUAACUUUUACAGUCUUUGUGACUGUGGUGGCUGCCAUUGUAAUGGCUGAGAGGAACAGAAAGAAAAGGACAGGCAAGCACUGGAGUGAAGACAGUGAGAUCUCUUAUGAAUCACAUAACUAA